UAGCCAUGAAAUACCGAUUUUGUUAAUAAUUGACUUUAUUAAUGAGACGACGACACUUGACGAUCUUCACAUAGCGUAUCCUUUUUAAAAACGUUCUGAUUGGUAACCAAUAACCAUAAUCACCAUAUAUAUUGAGCAAUCGAGUGAUCGAGGUUGCGUCGAUUUUGCCUGAAACCGCCUUAUACUUUCAACUUGCAAAACUUUCUGAUAAAAUAUGAGUAUCAGAGAAGGUGUUCUCUUGGGUAUGGGUAAUCCACUCUUGGAUAUAAGUGCAGUUGUCAAUAACGACUUCUUGACAAAAUACGGCUUGAAGUCAAAUGAUGCCAUACUUGCAGGAGACCAACACAAACCAAUGUAUCAUGAAAUGGUUGAGUUGUAUGAUGUGGAUUAUAUGGCAGGAGGUGCAACACAGAAUACUAUAAGAGUUGCACAGUGGAUGAUGCAACUGCCGAAGGCAUCCUCAUACAUUGGAUGUGUAGGAAAAGAUGAGUUUGGUAACAUUCUUCAACAAAAAGCAGAAGAAGCAGGUGUUGCUGUGAAAUAUUUGUAUAGUGGUGAUCAAGACACCGGUACAUGUGCUGUAUGUAUAAGUAAUAACAAUACUGCAAGAUCACUUGUAGCAAAUCUGGCAGCUGCAAAUCAUUAUAAGAAGGAGCAUUUACUUGAAAAUUGGGAGACUGUUGAAAAUGCUGAAAUUUACUAUAUAUCAGGUUUCUUUUUGACAGUUUCACCAGAAGCAAUAAUGUUGGUUGCAAAACAUGCAACAGAAAAAAACAAAUGUUUUACAAUGAAUUUGUCAGCACCAUUCAUAACUCAGUUUUUCAAAGGACCUUUGAUGGAUGCAAUGCCACAUGUUGAUGUGUUAUUUGGAAAUGAGUCUGAAGCUUUGCAAUUUGCAAAGGAGCAAGGAUUCAAUACUGAAGACAUAAAAGAAAUAGCUAUCAAGAUUUCCAACUUGCCACAAGCAGAAAACAAAAAGUCUCGAACUGUUGUUAUCACCCAAGGAAAAGAUCCAACCCUUGUUGUGCAAGAUGGCAAACUUACAGAGUAUCCAGUAGCUUUGAUAAAACAAGAAUCCAUUGUUGAUACAAAUGGUGCUGGAGAUGCAUUUGUUGGAGGUUUUUUGGUGCAAUAUCUACAAGGCAAGCCAAUGGAAGAAUGCAUACGUUGUGGACAAUACACAGCCAAGCUAAUCCUCCAAGUGUCUGGUGUUACAUUAGCUGGAAAGCCUGAUUAUUAACAAGACUUGCUUUGUGUCAUUUUAGAUAGUAAUUAUAAUUAUUAUAUAUUAUAAUUAUUUUUGAAUGCACUUGAAUUAAAAUGAAAUUAUCAGUAAUA